GACACGACCAGGACUCUGAUGUCAGCUGAACUUCAACAUGGUGGCCAUCACUGAGUUUCAGAAGAUAGGUGUUGGUUUGAUGGGAUUUGGCUUGUUCUUUCUUCUCUUUGGAGUCCUGCUGUACUUCGAUUCUGUCCUGUUGGCAUUUGGAAAUAUCCUAUUUCUGUGUGGUCUGACGUUCAUCACAGGCGUCAGGAGGACAGUGCAUUUCUUCUUCCAGAGACACAAGUUCAGGGGCUCUUUGUUCUUCUUGGGAGGGGUCGCUCUGGUGCUGUGCCGCUGGCCCAUCAUCGGCAUGGCGGCAGAAUGUUAUGGCUUUGUGCUUUUAUUCAGGUCCUUCUUCCCUGUAGCUUUGAGUUUUGUGCUGUCAGCUCUGAAUUUACCAUUCCUCAAUUCGUGGUUCUCCAGCAGCUCAUCGAUGGUCUGAUGAUCGGGGGAGUUUCGGACUAUAAUAGGAUUAUCAGUAUGACAUGCACUGUACUAGCUACUACAGAGAUAUACACCGUGAGAAACUGUUUUCUUUGUUGUUGAUUUUAAAUAGCCAUAGACAGAACAUGUCUUUUUGUACACACCAUUAAGGCCAACAGAUCCCAGAGUCAAAGCUGAUGUAUUUAAUGUUUUCUUUUUUUAUAAUAAAUAUAGUUUUUAACUACGAUGCUUUUGUUUCAUCCACCAAUACUGAGUUCUUAGCAAAAGACAAAUGUGCUGAGAUAGUGAAUGUAUUAUUGAUAAUUUCAGUGACACUUUACACAGGAACAUUUAUAUUUUAUUCUUAUAUUUAAAGAAUAAUAACCUUAUAAAUUACACAAAUAAUUACACACACAAUUAAUGACUAUUAUAAUCUAC